AUGUCUGCAACACCCGUCGAACGGACCCCUGCGGUUCCCGCUCCAACUGCCACCCCGGCCACCGCUCCCGCUACCACUGCGCCCCCGGGGGCGUCAGAUAAGGCCGGCAUGCCAUACUACGAGAAGAUUCGCAAGGAUCUCCGAGAUAUGAUACAGCGGAAGCGCGGACUAGACAAAACUCUCGCCGUGUACGAAGAAAACAUCGCGAAGUGCGAGAUCACUUACCUGGAGGAUACUCAGAACGGAAACAUCGUCAAAGGUUUCGAUAAUUACAUCAAGGGGACUGCCGCCAGAAGGAGGAACAAUAUCAGCGAUAUGGACCGCAUUUUCUCGCAUUCUUCGCUGACUUCUGCUGCGACUAAGCUCAGGCAGCAGGAGGAUGCUACGCCUGUUACGAAUAGCUCUACCCCUACGAUCGCGGAAAAUGCGCCGAGAAUUGGAACCACGGUCAGGAACAAGAAGAAGAGGAGAAAGGGUGAUGACGAGUCGGAGAGUCCGUCUGAAGUCGAGACACCUGGGCCGAAGCGCGUAAGGAUUUCGUUUUCGGGACAGGGUGGGGCUUGAGUAUUAUCCCCCACCAAUCUAAUAGAAGUAGUGUGACAUGAAGGGAAAUAUGUCUUUUCUGGGGCUGUACAACAUUACCCACCUACCUUUUCUCUUUCUCCUCUCCUUCUUUCUCACUCUGGGCUGGAUUGGCGUUAUAUUGGGGUUUUGUCGUUUGCUCCCUAUUCUUCCGAGAUGUGAAAAGGGGGAGCAUGGAUUGCGAAAGUGGUUAAAUCUUGGUCGAACUUUGCCGAGUUGUACUUUUAUAUGCCCUUUGGUCAAAUAUUAUUAGAUGUUUGGUAGCGGAACGCACAGUUGUACAUAAAGACAGCAGCACUCGAGCACAAGAAGUAGGAUAGCUACCUCCGCUCAUGUAAACCUAU